AUGGGUGUCCCCAAAGUCAAACGGAAAAAGACCUUCACCGGGUGCUGGACUUGCCGAGCCCGUAAAGUGAAGUGUGAUACCACCAAACCAGCUUGCAAUCGAUGCAAGAAAGCAGGAAUAGAAUGUGACGGUUACGAUAUCAAACUACGAUGGUCCAAACCCCUCAAUUUUCAUCGUGAUGGCACCCCAGUGGCAGAAAACAAUUCGAAUUUCACCGGGACCAACGAAGAAGAAGGCUCGAAAAACGGGGCAAACAAUGGGUACUUCCAGCGAAGAAAUGUCGAGUUUGUCAAAUACCCCAAAGGAAUGGUCUACAUAAUGUACGAAGAUAUGGAUAAGGACCUCUCGAUUUUGCAUUCUGCCGUCAAUCUCCAGCCUUACGAAACUAAAAAAUUGGGCCCGUUCGGGGUAUUUAUGGGCGAUGAGAAACUAAAGAGAAAGAAUCAACGAUCUUCCAAUAAGAACGACCUGAAGAGGAAGAAACUCGAAUCCCUCGAUUCUCAAAAAUCCCCGGCUAAAUUGUCAGAUCCUUUGGAUAGACUCGCGAGAAAUUCCAUCUCCAACGACACUGACAUAAAUGGCACACCGCUCCCCCCACCACCAGAAUCGCAACACAAAUUAUCCUCCCCAAACUCACAACCUCAAAAUAACUUCUUUGUCAAUCAUUCGGAUAAUAAUGAAUUUGGGACAUUGUUUGCAGAUUCUUUUGGCCCCAGUAUGACCUUAUUUGAACAACCAUCAACCUCUCAAAUUAAUCAUCAUCAUCAUCAUCAUCAUCAUCAUCAUAAUUUGUACCGACAACCAUCCCAACAUCAUCAUCAUAAUAAUAAUAAUACUAAUACUAAUACUAAUAAUAUUAAUAAUAAUAAUGACGAUAAUAAUAAUAAUAAUAAUAAUAAUAAUAACGAUAAUAAUAAUGAUAAUAACUCCCUUAAUAACGUAUCACUUCCGUCAUACGAAUCCCAACAAGUGCCAUUUGUACGACAUCCCCAAAGUUUUGGAUAUCCUAAUCAUUCUGAAACCCUUCCCCUUCAUCAAAAUAAUAAUAGCAUCCAUACCGGGUUAACCAGUCACAAUAACCUUGAAUCAACCGAUCAUCACUACGAAGAUGAAGCGCAUUCGACAAAUAAUAAUUUCAGUGAGAUUCUUGCGCCGCUGUACGAUGUUAUAAACUUCAAUACCACCAAUAUCAAUAAUUCCAAUGAUAAUAUCAACCCCCAUGAUGCCACUCUCAACCCCCAUGAUACCAGUUUUCCCGUCAGUAAUGGCAUGGAGGUCAGUCGACUCAUUAAUGGGACCACAACCACAACCACCACCGCCACUCCGGUCACUCAACGAGCCCCUCACAAAUCAGAAAAUAAAUCGAAAACUCGAUCGCUCAAAGAAAUUGAAAGUAUUUACUGUAACAAUUCAGAAAAUUCCGGGUUUAAUUCCGGGUCGUUAUUCGUUAGACCCAUGAGUAUGGAGGACUCGAGCGCUCCGUUUGUCCCCCAAGGUUACGAUCUGGUAUCGACAGAAGUUCUUGUUCCUUUACCUCUUACCAGACUCCUCAUGUCGAACUAUGUUCACCACGUUGCCGAUCUCAUGACGGUGCUUGUGCUUCCUCGCAACCCUUGGAAAACCAUUUACGUUUCCAGAGCGUUCAAGGCGAUUGGUGAUGUGUUGGCGGUUGGGUACAGUGAUCUGUCCAAUCAUUGUACUUUGAACGCCAUCAUUUCGGUGUCGGCAUUUUAUUUCAGAAACAAGUUUCAACUGGGAACCGAACCUUACAGAUAUUGGAACGUCGUUGGCUACAGUGCAAGAAACACCGCCAAAGAUUUUUUGAACGAUAGUAUCGAACAUGAUUUAUACCAACAAAAAUACAAAGACGUGUUGGUCAGUAUCUUAUCGAUGAGUACCAUCGAUGUGGCCAGUGGGUCGAUGAAAUCCUGCAAAGCUUAUUUGGAUCUAUGUGAAGAAUUCAUUGGCAAUAGAAUGAAAAAAAAUCGGAAAUUAUCUCCAAAGGCCAAAACGUUACACAGAAUUUUCUCGUUCCAUAAGUGUAUUGAAGAAUCCACCCAGAUUUUCCCGACUUCCGAUACCAAAGAACAUCCAUUUUUCGAACUUCUGAGGUUUGAUUUGGACGGUACUUCGGGGAUUUCCGCCAAAGAUGAAAGUAUCGAGGAGUUAAGGCCUCGUACUUUCGACCCAAAACUUAAUUAUGAUUCGAUUUCCUAUUAUAAUACUAACACCCUAUUCGAAGACAUUGAAAGCGAUAUUGCGGGGUCGCUGUUCAAUUCUGAUGUCGUUGCCAACCCUAAACCGGCGUCGGGGAUCACGACAUUUAGAGAAAAGAUCAAUGAUAAAGGCCGUGUUUCUAUUGAAUUGCUCGUUAACAGUAAUCAUGGGUCGCCGAUGCUUGCCCCGCAAUCUCCGAAAUUCAUCGAAGCGGCUAAUGAGAAUUUUGCGUUACUGCCAAAAUACCAUCCACGAUACGAUGAUGAAUACGAUGCUGACGAUAUUCCGUUGCACAGGAGUUCGGUAUCUCGGGCAUUGAAGACAAAAUCCGACACCUCGUCGUUUUCCACCGAUGAGUUAUUUGGGUUACCGAAUUCGAUCAUCAAGUUGUUUGGGCUGAUGGUCGAAUUGUUCAAAUUGAAAAUCAAAGUGUUGACCCAGGUUUGGCACGAUCGUAAUAAGGGGCAAAAAUUGGAGGACUCCACCGUCGACGAGAUUGGGAAAUUCAAGUACGAAGCUGCGAAAUUCGAAAAAGCGUUGAACGCUUGGAAAUUGGAGUGGAGUUUAUUCAAGUACGACAGAAACCACGAGAAAGAGUACCAAACCGCCACCCACAAAGCGAUUUAUUUCCAUAUUUUGUCAUUUAAGGACGGGAUUUCCGUGUACUUUUACCGAAUCAUCAAGCACGUUCCGUACCAUGAAGUCGAGCCGUACAUCACCAGUUGUAUGAAUAAUUUGAUGGAGAUUGGCAAGAUUCUCACCAGUAAUAAGGCGGUGAUUGUGCCAAUUUUCUGGCAAGCGUUCAUUGCCGGAAGUGAGGCCAAUACUCCUGAAUUGCAGCAAAAGUUUGCUGACUGGUGUCUUCGGAUGGGGACCAUUGGGAUCAAUAAUUAUUCUGUUAGUUACCAGUUGUUGAAUAAGAUUUGGGAAGGAAAGAAAAGGGUCGGGGAUGACUUUACUUGGAUCCAUGCAAUUAGAGAUUAUGAUGUUACAUUGAUGUUGACUUGA